ACUUUCCUCAUGGCGGGAAGUUUGAACUUAAGACUCCAAUUAUGUCUUUAAGCUGAUUCAAAUUCAAUCGGAACUUCUACUCACAAGCGGCCGUCCGGUGAUUCUGCUCCGACCUCCGGCUUUGCGGCUUCGCAAUUUUGUUCAUAUUUCAGAGUCAAAUACGCGAUUUCUGCAUAUUGUUUGCAGGAGGAUCAGUAUGUCGCUUCAUCGGCUUCGCGAUCCGGUUGUUGGCCGCGCUUGCUCUCUUCUCUUCUCUCGCUAGGAGCUUUCCAUUCGUCUUCAUCUAUCUCCUCCGGAUACAUCUCUCGAUUCAAAGAAAAUGUCAGAGAGCCCGAAAGUUAUUGGGAUUAAAGAGGAGGAAUCCCCUAAAUUCCCCUUCACUUGGUUCUCUUUUCUUCCCAAGUUCGACCUCCGAUUGCCGCUUCCGAUCAACGGCGGCAAGAAACCGCCGGCUACGGUGAUGGAUGAAGGUCCGAAGGACGACGAAGAUGCUCAGAAGCCGGAGUUUGUGAGGUUUCCUAAAGCAAACUUGGCCGUUCCUUCGGUGGAGGUUGAAGCCGAUGUCUCCGGCAAGACUUCCAAUCCGGCGGUCAUCUGGCAGGUAUAUGCCCUGGGAGGGUUUCUAAUUUUGAGUUGGGCAUGGGCAAGAUGGAAGGAGAGAAGGCCCAAAAGACGUUCAGAUGAUGACGAUGAGAACGAGGAUUCCAGGGAUACCUAGUUGUGUGUUUGCCUUGAACAGCCCUUAAUAAAUGUUGAUGAAGUUACUUUUUAGUGUUAGAAUCGAUCUCGAGCUCAUACCAUUGUAAUUUCGAGUUAAUCAGUCAUUUCCUGACCUGACCCUUUGUCAAUCCUUGAAUAUGAUCUUAUUUUGAGGUU